UUUGGCUCAGCCUCACGUUCCUGCGGCACGUGCUUAGGCCGCAAGCAUGGCGAACCCGGCCGACUUCCAAGACCUCGUGAAGAGGUGCUUAGAUGCGCGCCACUCCAAGCCCGGGAAGCCAGUAGCGUUUGAGGAGCUGGAGAUCAAGGGCCUAUGCCUCCAGGUCCGCGGGAUCCUUCUUGGGCAAAGUCCCUUCCUGGAGCUAGAGGCGCCGAUGACAAUCUGUGGAGAUGUGCAUGGGCAAUUCCACGACCUGCUCCGCAUGUUUGAGUUUGGGAAAUAUCCGCCAGAUGCCAACUACCUGUUCCUCGGGGACUACGUGGACCGAGGCAAGCAGAGUCUCGAGACGAUCCUCCUGUUGUUUGCGUACAAGGCGCUGUAUCCCGAGAACUUCUUUCUGCUUCGCGGAAACCACGAAAGCGCUUCCAUCACCCGUAUCUACGGGUUCUACGACGAGUGCAAGCGACGCUUCAACAUCAAGCUCUGGAAGACCUUCUGCGAUGUUUUCAACUGCUUGCCUAUCAGUGCGCUGGUCGAUGAGAAAGUGAUCUGCAUGCACGGGGGCCUCUCGCCAGAACUGCAGCACUUCGAUCAGAUCCGGAAGAUCGUCCGGCCUACAGACGUGCCCGACUCGGGGCUCGUGUGUGACCUGCUUUGGUCGGACCCUGACAGGGAUUAUGUGGGAUGGGCCGAGAACGACCGGGGAGUCUCCUACGUCUUUGGGACAGAUGUCGUGGCCGCAUUCCUGAAGCGCUACAACCUAGAUCUCGUUUGCAGGGCACACCAAGUGGUGGAAGAUGGGUACGAGUUCUUCGGCAAACGCCAGCUUGUGACGCUGUUUAGCGCUCCAAACUAUUGUGGCGAGUUUGACAAUGCUGGAGCGAUGAUGACCCUGGAUGAGACGCUGAUGUGUAAAUUCAUCGUGCUCAAGCCAACCGCCAAGAAGAAAUAGCACCAGACGUGGACCACUGGCUCUCCGACGCUCGGAGAACCGCCUGCCUGAUUUUUUUCUGAAGCUCGGGGCAGGCGUGGGAAAACGCGACAUCUAUACACAUGUGC